AUGGCCGUCUCAUCAACCACUGCUCAGCCUGCUGAGGUCGUUCAGAAGGCAGACACCACCGCCACCAAUACCAGCAACGCUGCCGCUGCUCCCAGGAAACGAAGAAGAAGAGCACCCGCCACUGGAGCCACCGACGAUUGCUUUGCUUGCAAGAAACGUCAAGUCAAGUGUGAUCGACGCCGUCCAUACUGUGGGCCGUGCGUUGACAUUGGAAAAGAAUGCUCAGGAUACCGUACUACCCUAACUUGGGGUGUGGGAGUAGCUAGCCGUGGAAAGCUUCGAGGCAUGUCUUUGCCUAUUGCAAAAUCGCCUUCUGCAACUGCAACACAGGAGCCAAAAUCCCACCGGAUGAACUCCAUAGCUUCCACCAGCACCACGUCAAGCACCGGUGCCCACCAAGAUUACCAGCACAACUUCAACAGUCGGGCGAGCAUCGACUUUGGUGCUCAUUCACCAAGGAGUCCUACAAGCCCUAUGUUCUCAGCACCGCAAGAAUACCAGUACUUCAGCCCAACAAGUCCAAUACCUAUCCCCACUUCGUCCACUCCAGUCGGAUAUCCCAUGCAACAUCAUGGAGAGCAAUUCGAAUUUGUGCAUCCUCAAGCCUCCAAGUUCAGACAUCACCAGCCACAUAGGGGUCCCCUGCAAAGACUACAAACCACCCUGCACGUACCUUUCGAGGACAACGGCAUGUCGGCCUCUUCUGCUUCUCUUGGUACCUACAGCGAUAGCGACUUCCCCUCACCGAGCGAGUUCCCGAAUACACCCGUUGACGAAUUUCCCUUCGCAGACCCUUCAAUACCACGAUAUCAGCCAUUCGACCAGGCGCCCAUGGGCUCUCUGGACCACUACUUCAUUCACGAGGCUCCUCGCUCAUUACCAACGGGGGACGACAUGAGCUCUAGCGUAAGCUCAGAUCAGAGCAUACACGACUAUCCCGAAGUCAGUGCAGCCUCGCAAAGUAUGGGUCCUGUCGUAUUUCAGGAUGUUUUUGUUGAGGGGGAAAUGAGCUCGAGUUUCAAUGGAUUCCAGCCUGGCUUCUCCUUUCUCCCGUCGGAGGGUAUGUCUUCCUAUGGCUCUGGCCCCCUGUCUCAAGAUGUACUGUCGCUCACCACUUCGAUUCCUCAGAGCCUUACCAUCGCUUCGCCCCUUUCCCCGCGGAUGCUAUCCCUUCUGGACUACUACGACAAAUUUAUAUGCCCGGUGCUGGUGGCUUUUGAUAGCCAUACCAACCCUUAUCGGAUGCACAUCAUACAUCUAGCCAUGCGCAACGAGGAGCUCCAGAACGCUAUUGGAGCUCUAGCUACCAACAACAUGCGUAUGCGCGGAGGUAUAGAAGGUCGACGACUGAGCGUGCUGCAUGACACGCGCCUGAUACCGGAUCAUGCUUACUCACAGAUGACGACACAAGAGCUGCGUGAGAUGCAUGGCGAAGCAACCGACGAAGAGAAGCACUACAAGGCCAACUCCAUUGCCCUCCUCAACAAGAAGCUUGUCGACUACGAUGGCUCGCAGGACGACUCCGUACUCGCUACGCUUCUUAUCCUUUGUCUUUUCCAUGUCUGCGAUUCCGGCUUUACGAAAUUCAAGACUCAGCUCGCAGGCGUCCAGAAACUGCUGAGCCUGCGCGACAGGACAGUCCGGUCAGAGUUUGUUGGGUGGAUCGAGACUUUCUUUACUUGGUUCGAUGUUAUGACUGCUGCAGUCAAUGACCGAGAGAUCGAAGUACGCGGCGACUCGCUUGACAUGAUGAACCUCAGUGCGAACUUGGGCGCAUUGGAACACCACUCUGGCUGCGAGGGCCGGCUUUUCAAACUCAUUGCACGACUCGGGCGACUAAAUCUGCUUAGUCAGAACCGACCCGUACGCGACAACGACGACACGCCUACAUCAUCACCCCGACCCAAGAAAGUCAAAGACUUUUACUCGUUCAGCUUCGAUCAUAUGGACGGCAACGGUUGGGGAACUCCCAUUAACGAGCACGUUGACCCCUUUACCUCAGCGCGCGAUGAUCCUCGCUCCGAGUUUUGGAGUGAGUGGAACGAUCUUCGUAUUCGGCUACAAGAGUGGGAGUUUCCAUCACCUGGAGACAUGCAUUCCACAUCUUGCGAAGCAACAUCAUCAAUGCUCGCCAUGUCGCCAGAACAGGCUGCGCUUUUCCACAUUAGCGAGAGCUUCCGCUAUGCCGCGCUUCUUUACACUGAGCGCCUAGCGCAGCCGACACUUCCCGCUUCAGCUCUGAACUUCCAAAACUUGGUAUCACAGGGACUUUACCACAUUUCUCAGAUUGGUAUGACGAGCUGCGUUAACAAGUUCCUACUGUGGCCAUUAUUCAUUAUCGGCACGGAAUGUGUUGACCCUGAGCACCGCGCUGUGGUGCGACAACGAUGUGUGGAGAUUCAACGUGAGAGCGGGUUCUUCAACAAUCUCAGUGGUCUAGAAGUGCUCGAACGAGUAUGGCGCGAAGAUGACGAAUGGUCGGACGGCGAUGUGCAGGUGCCGAGGCAGAAUGGGCCUUUCAGUACCGUACAGCAUCCUUUCCGAUGGAGGAGAGCCAUGGAUCGCGUGGAUGGGGAGUACAUUGUGAUUUGA